AUGACAGACAACAUCGCGAUCCCCGCUGCCGUCAAGGCGGCCGAUAUCAACCUCUGGAAAUGCGCGACAAAGGCCCUCCAGCUUCAAACAGUAAAACCGGAGAUUGCGUAUUGGUGCAAUUAUUGGGUCGUCAACCAGAUCCUUAACCGGGGACUCCACAAAGAGAAUGACGAAAUGAUGACUUAUACGAUGGACUUGAUGGGGAAGCUGGAACAGGCACGCUUUAUUCCGCCUCCCUUUACCACUUCUCUUGCUGACUGUUGUUCCCUACAGGCCAAAGCUGAGCACCCGAACGAAGAUGCCUACACAGACGACGAGGUCGGCCAGCUUGUCGUCGACAAAUUCGCACAGGAAACCCUUGAUCGCGCCGAGCGAGUGGUCAAGGCAAACAAAGUGACACAGCAAACGGCCAUGACGUUCGAUGCCGCCGCAACCUUCUUCCACCUGGUCAACAUCUGGGGCCCUCCCGACGAGGAGACGCAGCAAAAGAUUAAAUACGCAAAAUGGAACGCCGCACGCAUCGCAAAGGCCAUCAAGGAGGGCAGGGACCCUAACGAAUCCAACCCGAAACGAGAAGAACCCCAACUGCCGGCCUUGGACCCCAGUGAUCCAGAAGUUCAGACAUUGACCGGUUCGGUCGAAAAGACAUCACCACCACCCCUUUCGGUCACAGUGGAGGAGGUCCCAGACAGAGACUUGCAGAGGACAGACGCUGCCGGCGUGUCUCUGCCAAUCAGCCCAGCCUCGGCUGGCCCAUCCCCGAUAUCCGAAGCCGAACUCAAGCUGCCCGGUGUACCCAGUGGGCUUGCUGAGCCAGCACCGUCAACAGUCUCCUUGGACUUGGACACUCCAGUCUCAGCUCCCACACAUAACCCUGUCAACUACAGGCCUGAGCCCGAUCUCCCAUCCGCCCCCAGCGCACUCUCAUCCUACCCGGAUCGUGAUAUCUCGAUGCCAGAUGCGGGCACUGCAGCUUGGACACCGGGUGCUGAUCGCCAGCCUCCCGCUCCGCCUGUCGUUCCUCCCACGUUUGCUCCCAGUGCACCAUCAACAGCUGCUGUGGUAUCGCCGCCUGUCAACCAGCCAACUGACUUUUCCUUCCAGAAUCCAGCUCCUGCAGCUGCCCAAGCUCCCGCAGUUCCCAGUCUACAGCCAGUUCCUACCCCACUAGCUGUCUCUGCAGCCACUUAUGCAUCUUCGCAAGUUGCUGGAGGUUUCACAACCGACGAAGCUGCCAUGGCCUCAGCCCAGAAGCACGCUAAAUGGGCUAUUUCAGCAUUGAACUUUGAAGAUGUUCCUACGGCGGUGAAGGAGCUAAGGAAAGCGUUGGAGGUCCUGGGUGCAGCGUAG